AAGUAAUCACUUUCUGCUGACAGCUUAAUUGAGUAAUUCUCAUACAGGCAACAGUUAGUCUUAGAAAAUGCAGAAUACUGCACUAAUUAUUGUGCUCCUAAUUGCACCUAUUUUUGGAGAUUGGAAGCAUGGUUUUCCAAAGGUGUGCCCUCAUAUUAUACCUAAAAAUGAGUGGGGUGCAAGAGGGGCUAAACAGUUCGACUAUUCUCUAACUCCCUUAGAUUUUGUAAUAAUUCAUCAUACGUUGACACCCGAAUGCCAUAGCAUGCUUAAAUGUUCAGAAUUAUUAAAAAGUAUGCAGAAUUAUCACAUGGACGAUCAUGAAUUGUACGACAUCAUUUAUAACUUUCUAAUAGGAGGUGAUGGAUCUGUGUACGAAGGUCGGGGUUGGCACAAAGUUGGAAGUCACACCAAGGGUUAUAAUAGCAAAUCUUUAGGCAUAGCCUUCAUUGGGAAGUUCACAGACAAACUGCCGAAUACUAAACAAUUGAAAGUAGGUAAAGAUUUAAUACAAUGUGCAAAGGAACUACAAGAAAUUAGCUCCAAUUACAAACUAUACGGUGCGAGACAGCUCAGUGCAACUCACAGUCCCGGGUUAAUGCUUUAUCAAGAAAUACAAAAAUGGCCUAACUUUAAUAAAUGUGUUUGAAAUAAAGGAUGUGUAGA